GACGGAGAUAAAAAAUGCCGUAGAAGAAAGGAAAAGAACAGAGAUAUCGCCGACGCUUUCGGCCUUCGCCGAGUCUCACGCCGAAUCCCCCCCUUUCUUGCAGUCAACUUCAAGAGCCCAAGGCCCCAAUUUCCCCUCGAGGUUGGGAUUUUGUGGGAUUCGCCAUGCUCGAGCCGCAGCGCGUUCAUCGCGACGCCGACAGCGAUCUCCCCGACACCGUGACCUCCCCACUUCUCGCGCACCCACCGUCGCCUGAUGAGCCUUCGCCUGCGACCGUUGGCUCACCGGAGAUAACCGACGAGGAGAUCGACGCCGCGUCCGCCGCCUGCUGCCGCAUCUGCCUCGAGUCCGACUCUGAGCCUGGUGAUGAGCUAAUAUCUCCAUGUAUGUGCAAGGGAACACAGCAGUUCGUGCAUCGCUCCUGCCUUGACCAUUGGAGGUCUGUUAAGGAAGGAUCUGCCUUUUCACACUGCACAACAUGCAAGGCGCAAUUCCAUCUACGGGUUGAAUGUCUGGAGGAUGACAUUUGUCGUAGAAUGAAGUUCCGGUUGUUUGUUGCAAGAGAUGUUAUCGCUAUAUUCCUUGUUAUACAAGCUACCAUCGCAGCCAUAGGUGGUAUGGCAUUUUUUUUGGAUAAAGAUGGAAGCUUCAGAAACAAAUUUUCUGAUGAUUGGGAGCGGUUUCUGUCAAAGCAUCCAGUGCCCUUUUACUACUGUGUUGGUGUGGUUGCUUUCUUUGUACUGGUUGGAUUUAUUGGGCUAAUAUUACACCUCUCCUCUUACAACAACAACGAUCCGUGCUUGGUUGGAUCCCGUGACUGUUGCUUUGGGUGGGGUCUAGUGGACUUACCAGCUUCAAUGGAAGCCUGUUUUGCUUUCGCCGUCAUAUUUGUUAUCAUGUUGGCCAUCCUUGGAGUUGCAUAUGGGUUCUUUGCGGCAACUGUGGCCAUCCAGAGGAUCUGGCAGCGGCACUACCAUAUACUUACCAAGAAGGAGCUGACAAAGGAAUAUGUGGUGGAGGACCUUCCUGGGGGUUACACACCGCCAAAGAUGGACCCAGAGCAUGAGCAGCGCUUGAAGGUGUUGCAGCUCUUGUAGCUUGCACUUUUGCAAGUGAUGGACAUGAAGUUGUCGCAUCUUUUUGUUGCAUGUUUCUACUUUUGCAUGAUGUGUGUGUAUAUAUAUUAGUUCGGAUAACCAUGUGUUCUAGUGACGAAGUCCAUGUAAUUAAAAAUACAAAUAUAGAACCACGAUUGGCAGGUGGGGAAUCACAUACAGCUCUAGUGAGGUUGACUUUGGGGAUAUAUAUCGGUACAUAUACUACGUGAUAUCUUUUUACCGCUAUACGUGAUUUGUCGAGGAACAAUGCAAGUUAAAUUGACUUUCCCUGGUGAACAAUGCCUGUUUCGCCUCUUACUUGCGGCCGAGACGAGAAGAUACAAUGGUGAUGCUCAUUGUAUCGAUUAUUGAAA